AUGCAGCGGAAUCCGGGGAGGAGGACUUUUGUUCUCGUUUCGUUGUUACCGCUCCUACUGUUGCUUCUACUGCGCUGCGACGAGGGCACGUGCAUAAAGUGGCUAGCCCUGGGCCGAGCCAUCGAUGGCUUCGAGUGGUCGAGGGAGGCGUGCAACGGCGCAAGGACCUCCGGUCUACUCGAGCGCAAACAAGCCCGGGUCUGUCGCACGAGUCCCGACGUGAUGCGCGGCCUCGUGCAAGCGGCCAGGGACACCUCGGCCGUCUGCCAACAGGCCUUCAGGCACCAACGCUGGAACUGCAGCAGCAUCGAAAGGGCACCCGAUUUCACCUCCGAAUUGCUCUCGGGGACGAAGGAGCAGGCCUUCGUGUACGCGAUGUCGGCGGCCGCGGCGGUGUGGCGGUUGGCGCGCGGCUGUGCCCUGGGCAGUCUGGCCGCGUGCUCGUGCGCGACCCCACCGAGGCGCGAGCCACCCGUGCCGUCGGCCCUCGUCCAGCCGUCGUUCUCUGCGGCAGCCGCUGCCAUGGGUUUCAUCGGCGUGGGGGGCUCGGCCGCCCGGAGCUCGUUCAAGUGGGGCGGCUGUGGCGACGACGUGCGCUCGGCCUCUAGGAUCGCCAAGCGCUUUCUCCAGGGCUCGAGUCCGGCUCCCGGGGCCGGGGCCCUAGCCAAGUUCUUGCACUCUGUCAACAUGCACAACAACCGGGCCGGGCGCAGGGCGGUGGAGCAAUCGUUGGUCCUGGAGUGCAAGUGCCACGGCGUGUCGGGCUCGUGUAGCGUGCGCACGUGCUGGCGCGGCCUGGGCUCGAGUAGCCCGGUAGCCGCGGGUGCCAGACUUUUGCGCCGUUACGCCACGGCCGCCGAGGUCCGGGCGUCCUCGAGCGGCCGGCUACCGCCGCUCUACCACCACAACAACCUGCUCUACACGACCAAGAGCCCGGACUACUGCCUCGAGGACAAGAGACGCGGCAGCCUCGGCACGACUGGCAGGCAAUGCAACGGGAGCAGCGCUGGCUACGACGGGUGCGAGUAUCUGUGCUGCGGCAGGGGCCACGUGACCAGGGCCGAGGAGAUACUCGAGAGAUGCGAGUGCAAGUAUCACAAUUGCUGCUACGUUAAGUGCAAGACCUGCCGGAACGUCAUCGUCACCCACGAGUGCAAUUGA